GAACUAUAUAUGUAUAUAUAGCCAUAAAUUCUAUAACGUUUUGCAUAAAAACCCAUCAAAUUCUCUGAUUUUCUUGGAAGAGGUAAUUAAUUAAUUAAAAUGGAGUCAAGGCAACAAAGGAUUGCUGCAGCUGAACGUGUAUAUGAAGAUUUCGAGCCUUCAAUGGACUGGUUACGAGAGCCUGGAGCUGACACGCUUAGGGUCUACGUACCAGGGUUUAAAAAGGAGCAAAUGAAAGUGCAAGUAACCUCAUCAGGAAACCUAAGGAUAAGUGGAGAACGCCCCCUCGCUGAUGGAAACAAAUGGUGCCGUUUCAGAAAAGAGAUUCCAAUUCCUUCAAUUUAUGAUCAUAAUGCAAUCGGCGCCAAGUUUGAAAAAGGUUUACUUUUUAUCAGACACCCUAAAAUAAUUAUUCCUGAUAAUAAACCACAGGAUCAAAUGAUAAACCCAUCAACAGAACCUCCAAAACCAUCACCUAGAGAAGCCCCAAAGCCACCGCAGGAAAAGCCACAGCCACCAGCUGCAGAUCCUCCAAAGCUAAAAAAGCAGCCUUCUGAUGUGUCAAAGCCUACAAAACCAACGGAACCUGCAGAAAAAAUAACUAAGCUUGCGACAAAAAUAGAACCUGCAGAAAAAUCCAAGCCUGCAACGAAAACAGAACCUGCAGAAACAUCUAAGCCUGCGACAAAAAUGGAACCUGCAGAAAAAUCCAAGCCUGCAACGAAAACAGAACCUACAGAAACAUCUAAGCCUGCGACAAAAAUAGAACCUGCAGAAAAAUCUAAGCCUGCAAGGAAAACAGAACCUGCAGAAACAUCUAAGCCUGCGACAAAAAUAGAACCUGCAGAAAAGUCGCCUACGACGAAAAUAGAGCCUGCAGAAACAUCUAAGCCUGCUACGACAACAGAGCCUGCCAGGCCUGAGAAGCCAGUACUAAGUAAACCUCAGGCUGCAAAUAUUGGCAUGGAAAGACAAAAUAUUGGCAAGGAUGGGACGAGAAACAGGAAUAGCGUUUUGCAGCAGAUGAUUGAGAAGGAGACGGUUACGAGCAAAUACGAGCAGAAAGAUAGAAGCAAUGGGGUAGCUGAUACAGGAAGGGAUAUGACCACACCUAGCACAGAACAGGAAAAGCGUGCUGAUUUUGUUAAGGAGAAGACGGAUAAGAAUGGAGAUGUAACAGGAAUUGUAAGGGGAAGUUAUAGUAAAUUUGCAGCAGAAAAUUUGAAACAGGUUUUCGAGGGUAUGGUCAUGGAGAUGAAGCAAAGAAAUUUGAGCAAAUGGGUAAUGAUUGUUCUAGUUUUGGUACUUGGGCUGUGUGCAAUUAGGUAUCUUAAAAAGUCUGAAGACUAAUAAUUCUUCUUCUCAUGGUCACUUAAUGUAUAUUAAUUUCAUUUUCAUUUUAAUAAUGUAAGUAACAAAUGCUGUAAAAUUUCUUUCAAAUUAUGUAUAAUUUGGUUAGAUGAA